AUGUUCACAACCGAUGCUGAUCUGACGGAACAAAACAUUAUUCAAACAUUAGAACAGGCAAGUAAUCCACAACAUGCAGGUUCUGAUGUGCAAAAAUUAGCAGAACAUCAGUUAAAAGUAUGGGAGACUCAACCAGGCUUUCACUAUAUGCUACAAUCUAUAUAUUUGGAUCUAUCUAACCCUUUACAGGUUAGAUGGUUGGCAGUUAUCCAAUUUAAAAAUGGUGUUGACAAGUAUUGGAGGUCCAGUAGAAUCAAUGCAAUUAAAAAAGAUGAAAAAGCAACAAUUAGAGCUAGAUUGUUUGAUUUGAUUGAUGAACAAAAUAAUCAGUUAUGUAUACAAAAUGCACAGGCAACCUCAAAAAUUUCCAGACUAGAUUUUCCUGCCGAAUGGCCCAAUCUAUUUGAGCAAUUGGAAGCACUUUUAAAAGACGAUCAUGUCAGAAAAGAUCAUGUAAAACUUUACAAUAUUUUAACUCAUAUUAAUCAAAUAAUAAAAAUAUUAGGGACUGCUAGAAUUGGUAGAUGCAAACCUGCGAUGCAAAGUAAAGUGCCCUUGAUAUUUCCAUUAAUUGUAAGAGUUUAUUUACAAACUUUUGAGGAAUAUACACAUAAACUUCAGUCGAAUAAUGGAAAUAUGACUAAUGAUGGUUCGAAUAAUUUAACUAAAUUACAAGUGUCAUACCUAGCUUUAAAAGUAUUAAGGAGAAUUGUUAGCGAAGGCUAUGAAAGACCUGAAAAAGACGAAUCUGUAUGCGAAUUUUUAAAAUUAUCGGUUACUCAUUUACAAAGUUUAAUCUCACAACAAGACGUGUUAGGUAAAUAUGAAGUUUAUGAGAAAUUCAUCAAGUGCUACGGUAAGUUGUAUUACACUUUAGUCACUGAACAACCAACAACUUUUAUUUCGAUUCCAUGUUCAAUUGAGAUCUUAAUUACGUAUACAAAGUUGUUAUUUGAGAAAGCAUCUGUGGUUUAUAACGAAAAUUCUGAUGUUUCAGGUGAUUUUUGGGAGCAUGUUGCUAUUAGAGGUUUUCUUUUGUUGAAAAGAGUGAUAAAUUUUGUUAAGAAAAAAGGUGUUAUUACCUUAAAGGCAAGAAAUGACAAACAAAGCAUUGACAUGUCUAUUCAAAAAAUUAACUUUGAAUUCUUGAAUGAAAACUUAAUUAAACAACUGGUUGAUAUAUUAGUGGAUUGUUACUUGAAAUUGAGACCUGCAGAACUGGAAAGUUGGUUUUGCGAUCCAGAAGAAUGGAUGAAUGAGCAAAUGAUAACUAGUUAUGAAUACCAAAUUAGACCAUGUGCUGAAAAUUUCUUCCAAGAUUUGAUCAAUUCUUUCCCUGAUUUAUUGGUCCCAUAUUUAUUAAAUAAAAUUGAAAAUGAGGCUACAACUUUGACAAACUCCUUAGAAGAUUUUUUGAAAAAGGAUGCUAUAUAUGCAAGUUUCCAACUAAGUGCUUCAGCAGUUAGUAAUAUGGUUGACUUCGAUAGGUUACUUGUUGACGUAUUUCUACCAGAGGCAACAAAUAAUGCUACUGGUUUAGACCAAUUAAAGAUUAUUAGAAGAAGAGUAUGUUUAAUUAUCAAUGAAUGGUGUACUGUUAAAAGUUCUGAAAAAAGUAAGUCUUUAUGUUAUAAAUUUUUCAGUGAAUUAUUAAUGUCUGAUGAUGAUAAAGUUGUUACUUUAUCCGCUGUUCAGUCAUUGAGAACUAUGGUUGACGAUUGGAAUUUUGAUAAAGAUAUCUUUCAACCUUAUUUAAUUGAUAUUACAACUGUACUUUUAAGAAAAGUGUUACCUUCUGUAUCCUUAACCGAGACAAGAUUGUAUGUUUUAAAUACUUUAAGUGAUAUUAUUAUACAAACUAAACCAUUGAUAAACCAAGAUUUAUUGGUUGAAAUAUUACAAAUUGUUCCAAAGUUAUGGGAUAUUGCUAAUAAUAAUGCAUCCGAAUCAAUUUUAUCAAAUGCACUUUUGAGAUUGAUUCGACAUUUGGUUUCUUCCUUGGGUCCUAAAUCAUACUUGACAUGGGAUAUAGCGUUGCCAAUACUAUCAUUGGCUUGUGAUCCAUCUACUAGUCAUUAUGCUUUAUUAAAUGAGGAUGGCUUUGACUUAUGGGAAUCUCUACUACAAAAUUACUCUUCGAAAGAAUGCCAACUUAGCGAAAAAUUUAAGGAUUUAUUGCCAUUUUUAGAAUAUGUUCUUAUUCCUAAUUUUUAUCAAGCUGGUAUAUUAAAUGCUCUUUUUGAUGCUAUUUUUAAAGAAGAUGCUUUAUCUACAUACCAAUGUGGCCAAUUGUUACAAAUUAUUGCAAGAUUAACCUAUGUUAACCCAGACGCAAUUAUUGAAUAUUUGUCAACUUAUCAUAGUCAGUUGCCUACUGUACAAGAAAACAUGCAAUUAUCUGCUAUGUCAAGAAAAUUGGUAUUCAAAGAUUAUCCAUUAGAAACACUGGUAGAAAAAUUCAUUGAGAUUUGGAUUUUUUGUUUUAAAGAUAUUUACGACCCAAAAAUUAAAAAAAUACAUAUUUUGGGGAUAUCAAGUUUAUUGAGAACUAAGUUACCUAUUGUGUUCAACAACUUAGAUUCUAUUGUAUCCCUUUGGGUAGAGAUAUUGGAAGAAAUAAAUGAAAACAACAAUGGUGAUUGUGAAAAAUACCACUUAAAUGAUGUUGUUACAGAGCAAUCAAUUGCAUUUUUCCCUCUGACUACUGAACAGUUUAGACAGCAUGAAUUGUCUAAAAAUAAUGAUCCAGUACAUACUAUUAGUUUGAAAGAUUUCAUUCAACAGACAAUGGUAUAUGUUGAAACAUAUCUUGGUCCAAGUGGGUAUAAAGAAUUAUUGAGUAGACUCAAUCCUACAUUGUUGGAAAAUCUUCAAUUAUUUCUUUCUAUGCGUUCAUCCCAAUCAUAA